CCAUAAAGCGGGAAAUGCAAAGUGAUGAUGAGGAUUCUAACAGAAAGCGUCUAAAGAGGGAAGAUGGGAUCAUUGGGCAGGAUGAAGGGAGCAGUUUGGAAGAGCCCCUGAUUGAAAACCAGGAGAUUGGGGAGAACAGAAAAAUGCAGGAGCUGUCAGGCGAGGGAGGAAUCCGGCUUCCGAAUGGUAAACUGAAAUGUGACGUCUGUGGCAUGGUUUGCAUUGGGCCCAAUGUGCUUAUGGUACAUAAAAGGAGUCACACUGGUGAGCGUCCCUUUCACUGUAACCAGUGUGGAGCUUCCUUCACCCAAAAGGGGAAUCUACUGAGGCACAUCAAAUUACACUCUGGAGAAAAACCAUUCAAAUGUCCCUUCUGUAGCUAUGCCUGCCGAAGAAGGGAUGCCCUCACAGGACACCUCAGGACACACUCUGUAGGUAAACCUCAUAAAUGUAACUACUGUGGACGAAGCUACAAACAGCGCAGUUCUUUGGAGGAACACAAGGAACGCUGUCAUAACUACCUUCAAAAUGUCACCAUAGAGGCCACGGGGCAAGUGAUAAGUCAUGUCUCUACUAUGGAAGAUUGUAAGGAGCAAGAAGCUGUGAUGGACAACAAUGUUACUCUGGUGCCUUUUGAAAGACCUGCUGUUAUAGAGAAGCUGACAAGCAACAUGGGAAAGCGUAAAAGCUCCACCCCACAGAAGUUUGUGGGUGAAAAGCUCGUGAGAUAUGGUUAUCCAGAUAUUCAUUUUGAUCCAAGCUUACCAUAUGAGAGAGAUGCUGAGCUGAUGCAAACUCACAUGAUGGACCAAGCAAUCAACAAUGCAAUCUCUUACCUUGGGGCAGAGGGACUUCAUCCAUUUGUGCAGCACACUCCAAGCACAAUUGCUGAUGUGGCACCUGUCAUAAGUUCAGCUUAUGCUCAGGUGUACAACCCUAACAGGAUAGAAAGACCAGUAAGCAGAGGAACCACUGACAGCAAUGAAAAUAAUGUGGAUGGCCCUCUCUCCCUCAUCAGACCAAAGAGUCAUCCCCAAGAAAGAGAGGCGUCACCUAGCAAUAGCUGCCUCGAUUCCUCUGACUCGGAGAGCAGCCACGAAGACCACCAGUCCUUUCAAGGAAACCUUGCCUUAAAUCCCAAACGAAAGCAAAGCCCAGCUUACAUGAAGGAUGACUCCAAGGCUUUGGAGGUCAGUAAAGUAUCAAAGGGCUCUUUAAAGGAUAUCUAUAAGGUCUUCAAUGGAGAAGGAGAGCAGAUAAGGGCAUUUAAGUGUGAACACUGUCGAAUUCUUUUCCUAGACCAUGUCAUGUACACCAUUCAUAUGGGGUGUCAUGGCUAUCGGGACCCCCUAGAAUGCAACAUUUGUGGAUACCGGAGUCAGGACCGAUAUGAGUUCUCUUCCCACAUUGUCCGAGGAGAACAUACAUUCCACUAAGCCUUCUUUUCCAAAGGAGACACUGAAGUAGAAAAACAAAUACUGCACAUGAAGAAAUACUGCACUUGCAAGCCCACUUUUCCUCAAAUGUUGACACAGCUCUUUUUAUUGGUUCUCUUCCUUGCAGCUAU